GUGGAACCAAGUGGUUGUUUCGUUUCUGUUGAGUGUCGCAAUAUUCAAUGGACCACUUUUAGGUUUCAAACUUGAGCUAGAGUUACAAAUUUUUGAACAAAAUUAUGGUUAUGAAAUAGUUAACGCCAGCAAUCUGCGAGUGAGAAAGUUUAACCGAACAACGCCAGUUCUGAACGGCACAAUAACAUUUCUCAAAAAUAUGGGAAACAACUAUAAGUGCACCGUCAAGUUGGCUCACAGCCGUCUUGGUAAUAAUCAGUUCAAUGAUUACCCGAUAGCAUGGAAUGAUCAUCCCAUCUGCGAUAUGAUGAAAAGCAAGUACCGCGACUACCAGUAUAUUUUUUUGAACCAUUCCAAUUUUCCUCAGGUUUCGGAAACAGGACUUUGUCCCUUUCCAGCAGGCACGUAUUGGUUCAAAAAUACCGUUUUCCCUUCGAAUGUAGUGCCAGAGUUCAUCCCAGAAGGCUAUUGGAGGAUAACGUUCCUGUAUAGUGGCGCGGGAAAUGUAAGCGCUAGUCUUUACGCACGUGUCAAACAUUUACUAGUUUGAGUACGGAAUCAACGCGAAGGAUCAACCUUCGAGUCGUCUGAAAACAUAUUCAACAGCAAAUCAUUAUCCAUUUCAACUUUCCGUUUUUUUUAAAGAAUGGUUUAAAGAAUCAAGUCAUCAUUACUUUUUAUAUUACAAUA